UCUCUCCUCUUCUGACGGUCCAGACGACAGCAAGCGGAUGGCACGCAGCAGGGACAGAGGCGCAGUCAUGUUUGAGGCUCUUCUGUCAACUCUGCUCUUCUUGCCGUGGGUGACCCCUGUCCCCCCUACCCCCACACCCUGCCAGCGCUGCUGUGACCAUCUAGAGCCACCAGAGGGCGACGUGGCACACAUGCCCGAGAUUCGCACACACAUUGACAUGACCAUCCUGAAAGGUGAGAAGGGUGAUCGUGGAGAGAGAGGGACUCCAGGCAUACAGGGAGUGGAGGGCCAGCCAGGCAGAGCAGGCCCCGACGGCCCCAAGGGCUCCAAAGGUGGGUCUGGGCCCCCAGGAGUCCCCUGCCAGCGGCAGCAUGCGGCCUUCUCCGUGGGCCGCCGCAAGGCCCUGCACAGCGAGGAGCACUACCAGACGCUGCUCUUCGAUGUCACCUUCGUCAACCUGGACGACGACUUCGACAUGUUCUCGGGCCGCUUCCGCUGCCGCGUGCCCGGCAUCUACUUCUUCAACGUGAACGUGCACACGUGGAACUUCAAGGAGACGUACCUGCACGUGAUGCAGAACGACACGGAGCGCGCCAUCGUGUACGCGCAGCCCAGCGAGCGCUCCAUCAUGCAGAGUCAGAGCCUCAUGCUGCCGAUGGGGCGCGGGGACCAGGUGUGGCUGCGGCUCUUCAAGCGGGAGAGGGAGAACGCCAUCUACAGUGAUGACACCGACAUCUACGUCACCUUCAACGGCCACCUCAUCAAAUCUGAUGAGGAGUGAGCGGGCUUGUGUGUGUGUGUGUGUGUGUGUGUGAUGUCUCAUAAAGCCAGGAGUCAGGAAGGAUAUAUAUGUGUGUGUGUGUGUGUGUGUGUGUGGGUGUGUGUAUAUGUGGGUGUAUGUGUGCAUUGGUUUGUCCCCCCUGGGAGGACAUUUGACCUGUUUACGUACAGACUCUGUGAGAACGUACCAGAGCUGUGGAGACGUGUACAAGUGUACAAGCACUUAUCAAGAUGCAACUAAACCCUUGGGCUUUUCUCAAUAUGCGUUCUUUUCUAUACUUGUGUUCUCAUGAACUUGAAAAUCAUUCUGAAACGUCAUCAAUCACCAACGAAGUACUGUUCCAAUUCACAAGUUCGCAUUUAUUCAAGAACGCAUAACAUUCCCGGAAGUGUUCUCGAAUCGUUGGUUUUAUCAAGGAUGCAUCGGGUGGUGACUUGGUGGCUUGAAGAUUCCACAAUGCAUUACGUCAGCUCAGCUGUGACACUCACAUAAGAGAAAUGGCAGCAUUGAUACAUAAUAGGCCUACCUAUCAUAAUUGCUGCUACAAUCCGAUCCAUGUUUAGGCUAUAAACGGUAGGCUACAGGCUU